AGCAACCGUGAAAUGAAAGUUUGCUUGGGCUGUCGCUAAUAUUACGCUGCCAUUUUCUACACACGGCUUUUGAGUAAUUUCACUAGCCCGUCCUACUGGCUUUUCGUCAUCUCCGUAUCGCAUACACCAGAUUUGACUGCCGAUAAGAUGGCGUCGCAAACCCCGAAAAGCAUGUCUUCGCGACUGCUAACUAUGAAAUUCAUGCAACGCGCAGCGGUAUCACCGUCACCCGCUUCGUCACCAUCUACUCCAAAGAGCGAAGAAAAAUCAUCGAAGCGGCGCAAAAUUUCACAUGGGACGCCGUCUACGGCCACCGUUGCCGAACCCCAGAUUGAUCGAGUGGCCAUCCAAGCAGCCAUUGAUGAGGGGGAGAGAAAACGCGAGGCUGCCAUUGUCAAACAAGCUGCAGAGCUCGGAGAUGCUAGAUGGGUGCUAGAUGUCCAGAACCCUGCAACACGUCGAGUUGAGACACCGCUUAAUGUGGUGCAAGUGGGAUUUUCUCAGAUUGAUUCUUCCAAGGCUGCAGAGGACGAGGAUUCAACCGAUGAUUCAGAUCACCACGUACAGCACUUUCGUCGAUACAACAUGGAGAAGAAGAAGCCCCUCCCUGAUGCGCCAGGAUAUGUCGACGAGUCUGCCUCGGACGCUGAGUCUUCAGAUGAGAGCCACUCCCCUGGACGGAACUCCCGGCGGCAAUCAUACAACGACAGUCCUCGCAUGUCUUCUGGCAAUGAGGGAAACAACACGCCUAGGAAUGCUAGAGCGAGGAGAACCGCCGAGAAGGUCAAGGCAAAAGACUUAGCCGAGAAGAGACGGAAGAAGGAAGUGAAAUUGAACAAGCCGGCUGCUGGAGGCCUGACGUCACUAUCCUCUGGAGGCAAUCGCUUGCAGUCAUUAUCCUCAGGUGGCGCAAUGGCGCAGCGGCCUGCUUUCCAAGGGAACUGCCAUGCCUGUGGAAAGUCUGGCCAUAUGGCAAGCAGUUGCCCGGGCAAGACUGCUCUCAAGUAACAGAAAAUCCAAGCUACUAACUCAACAGUCCCGUCUUAGGGUGGAUUAUCUGAGUUAUGAUGCGACGACACUUUUAGCGCCAAGUUCUCAAAUCCACAUCCGGCAUCAGCCUACGUCGGGGUUGCUAUUCAGGUAAUGGGCAACUCCUUAUAUAUUGUCAGCUGCAUUGGUUCGAUUGAAAUGACGGUCUUGACUGAAAAGCGAACUCUACAUAAUCCAGGCCCAACAGGUUCACGUACUGGUUCCAAAGUGGCUGC